UGCGGGUGUUUGAGGGACAUUCAGUCAUUGUUAUCAACUCGAGGAGUGGCGGAGACCUCCUUGCUACACGUGAAUUUUCUCCGCAACGUUCAGGUAAAGUUUGACAUCAUCUCCAUCACUGAUAUUUCUCUGAAGCCUCGUCCAUUGUGACCGUGGAGGGAGGAGAGAUAGUCAGGGUGCAACUUCUUAAAGGACCACACUAUCUCUCAGGUGAUGGAGGUUUUCUGAUCAGAAUCUCCAUGGUGAUGGAUGCAGCGGUUCUCCACCAUGGCUGUUUUCGAUUACGCCGCCCGACCCAGACUGCUUCUGUGUGAACUGAAGAGACUACCAGACGCGCCUUAAGCCUUGUGAUUUCCUCUCACUGGUAAAUGAGUCGGAUGCUAGCAGGGCUUAACCUGUCUUCCUAACCCCGCCGUCCUCUGGGGCUUCCGUCUUCUUGUGUUCUUGUGUGGACCAGUCAUGGAUCUCCUGUGGGUGUUGUCUGUCUCCAUGCUGACGGCUUGUGUUGCCAUCCCAAUGGACGCAGCAGCGGGGAGCCACAGUCUGUUCACCUGUGAGCCUAUCACCUUGAGAAUGUGCCAGGGGCUGCCUUACAACUCCACCUUCAUGCCCAACGUACUGAACCAUUAUGACCAACAAACUGCUGCGCUCGCUAUGGAGCCUUUCCAUCCCAUGGUGAACCUGCAGUGCUCUCCAGAUCUCCGAAUGUUUCUGUGUGCGCUCUACGCCCCAGUGUGUACAGAGUAUGGACGCAUGACUCUGCCCUGCCGACGACUCUGUCUGCAGGCCAAGAGCGACUGUUACAAACUAAUGGACAUGUUUGGUGUCAGCUGGCCUGAGGAGAUGGACUGCAGCAGGUUCCCUGACUGUGAUGAGUCCUACCCCCGUCCCGUAGACCUCCUGUCCAGCUCAGAUACAACAGAGUCCCCCAUCUCUGUCCAGCGAGACUACGGCUUCUGGUGUCCACGAGAACUCAAAAUCGACCCAGAGCUGGGCUACUCCUUCAUGGGAGUACGGGACUGCUCACCACCCUGUCCCAACAUGUACUUCACACGGGAGGAGCUGACGUUCGCCCGCUACUUCAUCGGGGUGGUGUCCAUUGUCUGCUUGUCUGCUACUCUUUUCACAUUCCUAACUUUCCUCAUCGACGUGUCACGUUUCCGCUACCCAGAGCGCCCAAUUAUAUUCUACGCAGUGUGCUACAUGAUGGUGUCACUGGUGUUCUUCCUGGGUUUCCUGCUGGAGGACAGAGUUUCUUGUAAUGCAUCCAGUCCAGGACGGUUUAGGGCCUCCACUGUCACUCAAGGCUCCCAUAAUAAGGCCUGCACUCUUCUCUUCAUGGUGCUGUAUUUCUUCACCAUGGCUGGUAGUGUGUGGUGGGUCAUUCUGACCAUUACAUGGUUCCUGGCUGCUGUUCCCAAGUGGGGCAGCGAGGCAAUUGAGAAGAAGGCCCUCCUCUUCCACGCCUGUGCCUGGGGGAUCCCUGGGGUCCUCACUGUCACACUACUCGCUAUGAACAAGAUCGAAGGGGACAGUGUCAGUGGCGUUUGCUUCGUAGGACUGUACAACCUGACAGCACUGCGCUGGUUCCUGUUGGCCCCACUGGGACUGGAUGUAGUGGUGGGUGUGGCGCUGCUGUUGGCGGGCAUCGCAGCAUUAAACCGAGUCCGCAUGGAGAUCCCACUGGAGAAGGAGAACCAGGAGAAACUGGUGAAAUUCAUGAUCCGUAUUGGCGUCUUCUCUGUGCUCUACCUGGUCCCUUUGCUCACUGUUCUGGCCUGCUACCUGUAUGAGAACAGCUAUAGAACCAUCUGGGAGACCACCUGGGUCCAGGAGAAGUGUCGAGACUACCACAUCCCCUGCCCCUACCAGGUGGAGCAAACCAAUCGUCCUGACCUGGCCUUAUUCCUCAUCAAGUACCUGAUGAUGCUGAUCGUAGGAAUCCCCUCGGUCUUCUGGGUGGGCAGCAAGAAGACCUGCUUCGAGUGGGCCAGCUUCUUCCACGGCAAGAGACGCAAAGAAGCAUUAACCCCCUCUCCCACCGCCUGCUCCACACACUCCUCCAUCCUCCUGUACCACACCCGCUACCCCACCACCUUCCCCCUGUCCCUCCCCACCCUCCUGCGUCUCUCACUGCCCUCCCUGCCCCCGCCCCCCCUGUCCUCCUCCCCGUCCUUUCUGCGCUGCAGCGCCAUGGUCAAUGACAGCCGCCAGGUGCUGCAGGAGCCGGACUUCGCCCAGCUGCUGCUCAGGGACCCCAACACGCCCAUCAUCAGGAAAUCGCGGGGCACGUCCACUCAGGGGACGUCCACCCACGCCUCCUCUACCCACCUGGCCAUGUUGGACGAACCACCCAGCGCCAGCACGAGCCGAGCUGGGUCAGUCCGCAGCGGCCGGUCCAAGAUGAGCAGUUACCACGGCAGCCUGCACCGCUCCCGAGACGGCAGGUACACGGCGUGCAGCUUCCGGGCCACAGACGACCGCCUGCCUUACGGGAGCAUGUCCCACCUCAACGAGCAGCCUCAGUCCAGACACUGCAGCACCAACCGUCUGGACAGUCUGUCACGACACGACUCCACCCUAAGACUGGAGAGCCAAUCACGGCACAGCAGCAUCCGGGACCUCAGCGGCAACACCCAGGCGGUCCUCGGCGUCCCUGGAAACGGGAUCCACAGAGUCCUGGAGGAGGACGGCACCACAGCCUGAAGUGGAGGUGAACUUUGACCCCUGAAGAUGGGACGUCAGGGGUUUAAUCAAAGUAGGACAGACGACUUCUCUUCUAAGAGUAAAAGAAUGUGAGGAUCAUCUGAACGUUCUUCUGUCAGAUGGCUUUAAAUUUGGGAAGUGGACAGCAAACUGGUUACCACGGUGAUGGCUUCAACUGACUGUGGAUUGAUGCCUUAAAACGUCCUGAGCUUUACCUGAUCCACCAGCUGAUCCCAAAUCUGAAGCAGCUCAAAGGGACCUGCUGAACCCGGUCCAGAGCCAUGUGACACCGCACCGGUACUGGACUGUUUGUGUUGUGUGUACUUUUAUGGAAGACUCAACAGGAUGACAUUGAGUAUGAUGGACUAUAUUCACCUCCUGGUCGUGGGAGGGUCUAAGCAGGGCAUCUGAUGAAGACUCCAUCAACUGCAUUUGGUCCGUCAUGAAGAAAAACCUGCCUUCGGAGUCAAAUCCUGUUCAUUCAUUCAGCCACUGCUGAAAUCCAACAUUGUGAAAGGGUUGUCCUGACUCAUUUCUACACUGAAUUGAAAAACGUGAAGCAUUAGUGAGAUCUGGUCGUACUCGUGUUCCAGUUUGUGAACAGAAGCCUUGUCUCAGUUCAACACUGAGGAACAUCUGUACUCAGAUGAUAAAUUGAGACUCUAAGUGUCAAGAUUUGUUCUAUUGGGUUCAUGUUAAGGGCUGAAAUACAGGGAAAAGCUACAUCCAAACUCCUGCCUUACACUCGGAAUAGAUGAUAGAGUUUAUCGCCCGGAAAUUAGUGGAAAUUCUCAAUAGGUAGUCCUGUUUACAAAUGUGUCCUUACUUGUAUAACUGCUGUAAAUGUUAGACCCACGUUUUCUCUAGUGGCAAAACUUGUGCAUAGAUGUAAAAACAUUUGUGAAAUUUGUAAUAAAGUUUGUUUUUUUUUUUUUUAAAGAACAGACUGUCAGAAGAAAUGACCACACAGAAAAAACACAGCGUCUGUAUUUGUAACAGCCCUCCGCUUUAUUGAAAUACAUCGGAGUCAGGUUAAUAUGAGUUCUCCACAUAAGUGUGGCAGCCAGUUCCAUACAUUAUUUUUUGUUUUGACCUUACACCUUAAAUAUUUUUUUUUUUGUGCAAAAAAGAAUCUACAUCACCUGUAGUGGGUUAUCCUCAGUAAAACGCCCAAACCGUUCAAAAAGGAGCAAGUCCAAGUAAAACAACAAACCGAAAAAACAAAAAUGAUUACAUCUAUAACAUGCAAAACUGUACAAAUUAUUACAAAGCAAUCCUAGAAAAAAAAACAAGUGUAAUAUGAUAUGAAAGAGCAAAAUAAUAUAGAAGGUACUGUAGAUAAGACCUCACUGAAAUGCAAAGGCGUCUUGAACUUUUUUUUUUUUAAGUUUUGUUUUCUUCCUUUGUUACCACUGUGGCACCUCAGCCAUCAAACCACCUGUCACCCUUCACCCCUGAAACCUUUAGUUUCUGUCUAUGAAACCACACCCGUCUGAGCCGUCCACGCCCUCUCUCUCCUCCCGCUUCCCGUCUCCACUCGGGUCACGUCUACACUACAGCCGGAUUCUCCCUCACUCACUCCUACCAUCCAUCCAUCAAACUCCUGACACUCAAAAUGAAAAGAUUUCAUUGGUUCUGACGUUUCCUGAGUUUCUCCUCGAACUGGGAUAGCCGGGAUUCAUCUUCUGUACAAAAAUUAAGAACUUGGCCAAUAAUAAAACACCGGCUCGGAGGAUUCUCCUCACCCUCAGCUAAUACAUUCUACAGAUAAACUCCAGACUGGCUAGUUUAAAACAUGUCUACGAGGAGGGGGCUGAUGGGAAUAAAACCAGCUCCGCCUCGUUCUUUAAUAAAAAGGAAUAAAAAAACAAAAAAACAAACAAAAAAAAAAAACACUUGGAAUGGGUUGGUUAGAGCUACUUGUUGGAUUUCAACAACAGGGGGAAUCUGUAGGAAUGAAGCUUUUUUUUUUUCUUGUUUCCCUUUCGAACAAACAAUCGGAAUAAAGUUGAGGAUUGUGACCCAAACAGAAAGACGACACAGCCUGGUUCAGUUUCAGCAGCACAAAAGAACAGCCAUUACUGGUGUGCCGGGUUUAAAAAAAAAACCAAAACAAAAUACACAGCAGGAGAGCUGUUUGCCCGGCGUCCAAUAAUACUGAGUAAAACUCUGUAGCAUUUUAUCAUCAUGUGCGUUCUCUCGACAACGUAAUACCACAAUGUGAGCACGUCAUAGUGUUUUUAGCAUCAGAGACGAGCAGAGGUAACAGGUGUUUGGCUGUGAAUGCCCCAUUCUGCAGCCACAAAACGUCUUUAUAUAGCUUUUUUUUUUGUUUUGUUUUUCCAUUCUGCCAAAAAGUCAAACUGCAGAGAACCUGUCUGGCUCAUUUCACACACAACUGCCACCAUGGGGAGCUCGGAAAACCAGAUCGUCUUGCAGUUUUACAUUCUAUAUUUUUACUGUUUCAGAAUUAAUUUAAACAUUCAAACAUAAGCGACUAUAAAGAUGCAAAGUGUCCCUCUUUUUUCCCCAUUUUUAAUUUUUUUUGGAUCAUCAAGCUGCUCUCUGGCCACUUCCUUCCGUUCUGGUACCACAGUGAAAUCUGGAAACUCGCACUUUUUUUUUUUUUUUUUUACAACUGUUUGAUUAAAUGUUUGGUCUCCUGCCACUUCACUGGAGCAGGACAAGGCAUUCUGCUGUGUGAAAGCACCGCCUCAGCUUAUACUGAUAUAAGAGGUGUGGGACUGAGCUACGGUGGCAGGUAAAUAAGAAUAUUAAGAGUAAUAAUAACGUUCACUCUACAGUACGGGCAGUAGUGUCGAUCCGUUAACAAGCACUCAAAUGCAAACCAAGUGGGG